AUGUCUCCGUCCGUGACUCCUGAGCGUUAUCCAGUCGCGAUCGUUGGGGGCGGCAUCGCCGGGCUGACACUGGCGUUAGCACUGGAAAAGCUGGGUGUUCGCUAUGUUCUCUUUGAGUCCCAAAGCUCCCUGGCUCCUGAUAGGGGUGCAAGCGUUGGUUUACAGCCAAAUGGCUUACGUAUUCUUGAUCAGCUAGGUCUGAUCGACAAGAUUGAGCAACAUACCGGGACGUUGCAGCGCUGGCGCCAUCUAGAUGGCCAAGGCGAGCUCAUCUCAGAAACCAAAGCUCUAGGCUAUUACCAAUCAUUAAUUGGUUACGGUCCUCUGUUCCUGGAACGUCGCAAGCUCCUCGAGAUAAUGGCAGAUGAGCUCCAAGACAAAACGGCCGCCAAGACAAGCCUGCGUGUUGUGUCGGCCAACGAAAGUUCAGACGGGGUUGAACUAGCACUAAGUGAUGGCCAUUCAAUCACAGCCGAUCUCGUAAUUGGGGCAGAUGGUGUGCGUAGCUGCAUCCGUGAAGCUAUUGAUAUGAGCAGGACAGAGUGGCAUUCUGAAGCGAAUGAGUAUAUAAACACCCAGUUCGCUUGCAUCUAUGGUAUCUCGGGUGCCAUCCAAGGCAUUGUUGAAGGUGACUGUUUUUCGGUAUACCGCCCUGAGGCAACGGUCCUGAUCUUUACCGGCCGCAACGGCACUAUAUUUUGGUUUGUUUUCGAAGAUUUGGGUCAGACAUAUGGCCUAUCAACAACACCAAGAUAUACAAAUGACGACAUCGACGCGCUUUGUGACUCAAUCGCCCAUCUCCGCCUCACUGCUUCAGUCCGUUUUGGUGAUGUGUAUGGAAAUAGAUCAGUGGCGAUGAAAGUACCUUUGGAGGAAGGCUUGGCGCCCUCGUGGCAUACGGACCGCAUGGUGAUUGUUGGGGACGCUGCCCACAAGAUGGUUCCAAAUGCCGCGAUGGGAGCAAAUCAGGCAAUUGAGUCAUCCGCAACUCUACUGAACGAGCUGGGAAAUAUAUUCACUACGAAAGAUGGCGGCUCUCCACAGCCGGAACUACUUGCGAAUGCCCUGAAGAGAUACGAAGAUAUUCGCAAGUUCCGAGCCAGUGAGAUUGUUCAAAGAGCAGGAACAAUUUGCAGAGCUCAGCUUUCGCACAGUGGUCCCGCAGCAGCUGUACGACAAGAACUUCCAUCUUUGACCGAUGGUGAUUGGCUCGUCCGCGGUUUCAUGGGCUUAUCAGAAUCGCCUGUCAUUGAUGGCCUGCCUGUGCCACCAAGGGGAAAGUUCUUCGGCCAAGCCGUGGAGAAAUUCUGGAAACGUUUCCGAGCCCGACAAGCUUCGGGCUUCAAGACUUCCAACUUGGAGUUGUUCGAAAUUGAAGCAUAG